AUGACCGCCAAGCCAACCACCAUCCACGUCCUCGGCGCAGGCACGCCCACGCCCACACCCACCCGAUUCGGCUCCGCAUUCGCCCUGCAGAUCGGCGACGAGCAGAUGAUGAUCGACUGCGGUCCCGCCGCCACGCACAAGCUCGUCAAGGCUGGCCUCUGGCCCACCGACAUCGACUACCUCUUCUUCACCCACCACCACUUCGACCACGACAUCGACUACCCCUGCUUCCUCCUAUGCCGCUGGGACCAGAGCACCGGCAAGGAGAACACCCUGCAGGUCUUCGGCCCUACCCUCACCGAGCGCAUCACGCACGGCAUCCUUGACGAGAACGAGGGCAUCUUCGCCCACGACUGGAAGGCGCGUGUUGGCCAUCCCCUCAGCCAGCGCAUCCACCAGAACCGAGGCGGCGACCUACCACGCAAGCCCCCGCACGUGCUCGCAACCGAUCCCUUCCUUGAUUCCCUCGCAUACCGCUUCGACACCCCCGCAGGCAGCGUCGUCUUCACCGGCGACACUCAGCCCUGCGACUCCGUAACCGAGCUUGCGAAAGACGCCGACCUCAUGCUCUGCAUGUGCUGGGACGACCAGGAGAUCAUGGACGCCGACGGCGAAGCCCCCGGUCAGUGUGGCACUCUUGACGCCGCGCGCAUGGCGCAGACAGCAGGCGUAAAGCGCCUCGCACUCGUCCACAUCGGCCCCCACCUGUCCCAACACGGCCCCAUGGAAAAGGGCAUCGGCGAUGUCCGUGAAAUCUACGACGGCGGCAUCCUCUUCACCGACGAGCUCCAGACGAUUAGCCUAUAA